AUGAGGAUAAUCGCAGGCCACAGGUGGGGCAGCACCAAGGCCCUUUUCAACGUCCACCAAGCACUCAUCCGACAGAGCCUGGCUCCUAGCAUCCUCCACCUCAACAGCAUCACCCCUACGCAGGAAAAUAAGCUCAACAGCAUCCUAGCAGCAAGCCUGAGAGUGUGCCUCGGUGUUCCCAGGACAACAAGAGCCACCCUGGUCAUCGCUGAAGCCCGUGAACCCCCUGCAACUGUCCUGAGAAGCCAAGAGAAAGAAAGACAGCUGAUCUGCUUAUUGACAAGGCACACCGGCCACAGCCUCAUCAAGAAAAUUGAAAGCCGGUACAAAUCUAGUGCAGCCGGUACGCUCAAACGCCUCCAAAGACAGCUUCCUAAAAGAAGACUCCACACCCUGAAGCAAGACAGGCCGCCCUGGCUCCUGCACAGGCCCAAAGUCCACGACACAAUCCCAGGCAUCACCAAAAAAUCUGAAAUCGAUAUAUCUAUACUGCAGACCCUCACGAUGACAUAUAUGGAGGAACGCCAUGCGAGUAAAAACGUCAUCUACACCGACGGAUCAACGAAAGAAGGACGAUCGGCCACUGGUGUAGUGGUUGGUAACACCAGGAAAGGAUAUAGGCUGUCCCAUGGGACGUCGUCAACUGCCGCAGAACUGCACGGUAUGCUUAAGGCCGUACGCUAUAUAAAGACGUGCAACCCAGCAGACUGGCUGAUCUGCACUGACUCUAAGCCAUCACUGCAGUCAAUCAUCAGAGGAGACACCGAAAAUUUCCUGCUCUACAGAAUAUUGACCGCCACAGACGACGCUACCCAAGCAGGCCAUAGUGUGACAUUCCAGUGGAUCCCCUCACACUGCGGCAUCCCCGGCAAUGAGGAAGCGGACAUCUUAGCGAAGGGAGCACUCGAAAAGACGAGGCGAAGUGCCAUACCUUUCACGAAGGUUGACGCCAAACGCCACCUGAAACUGAGGACGCAGCAACGAUCGAUUUUGUGGUGGCGCAACAACCUCCGGCCAGGCGACUACCUCAGCCACAUCGACCCUGACCUGGCCACAACCUUUCCACGAGGGCUCGACAGACGACUUCAAACCUCCCUCCACAGAAUCCGGCUUGGUGCGCUCUACAGCAAAACGACCCUCUACCAGAUGCGCAGUUCACCGACCCCGCUCUGCACAGCUUGCAACACUCCAGAGGAUACUCUUCAUGUCAUCAUGCACUGCCCUGUUUUCCAGCGACAAAGGGAUAAACUCCAAGCAAUCAUCAACAAAAUGGAUCGGCGACCAUUCAGUUUUGUCAAGCUGCUUGGCGCAUGGCCCAGUCAACAACAACACGACAAGGCAACUAAAGCCCUCUGCACCUUUCUUAAGGACACCGGAAUAUCUACCACCUUCUAA